CAGGAGUUUAACCUUAACAGUUAUUAGUCAUCUUCUGUUCUCAUGUAAGAUGAUUUCAAAAUUUAUGUAGGCGUUAAGCAUGGACGUAGGCUUGAUUUAUUUAUACUCAAAUAUAUAUGGAGAUAAAAGGAACAAAAUUCAUGAAGUCAGACUGAAACAUUCAUUAUUCAGUUCUGUUAAUAUAAGGAGAGACUCAUGAAGUGGAAUGAUACUUCAAAUUUUAGCAAACCUAAGAAAGAACAUUGAACAAAGCUAAAAAUCAUGAAUAUGUAUAUGCACACAGAAAAGCACAAUACCUUUAAGUUUUAAAAGGAAAGAUUAAAGAACGCUUAUUUAAAGAAUCUUUGUUUGUGACAUGUUAUAAUAACAAUGAAGGAGAUAGUAAGUGAGUUUACAAGCAACACCUCUGGACAUGGAUGGGGAAUGGUUGGCCGGACCAGUAGCAAAUUUGGCAAGGCAUUAUGGAUAGCCAUUACACUUAUAUCAACCAUAGCUGCCAUUAUUUGGGUGGCAACAAUAAUAGUUCGCUACGUCAAAUAUGAAACAAUAGAUAGAGUUGAGGCUAAAGUAGAUGACAUCAUAUUCCCAUCUGUAACCGUGUGUCCACUUUAUGGGUACUCACAAGAGAAACUAGGAGAAGUAUAUUCUGACCCAAAUCAUGAUUUUUUGUCUCAUAUCAACUUCUUAAAUUCAUUAUCUGUUAAUUCCGCAGAAAUUGGGCAGAUUACAAAUGAAACUUAUUUGUCUUUUCUUAAAACUGUAGUUUCAUCAGCAAAAUCAAAUAGGGGGUUCUAUGAGAGCCUUGGAGUGGCGGGAAUUUCAGCUAUGGGCCAUGAGCUCCAUAAUUUCAUACCUGUCUGUCUAUAUCAAGAAAAUGAUUGCACAGAGGCAGACUUUAAGAAGUUAGUUCACCAUGAAUACAAAAAUUGUUAUACAUUUAAUGGAGGGGACAUCAACUUAACGAAACCAAUAAUUGCCAGCACGGGAGCCCAGAAAGGCCUCUCCCUGACACUUUACUUGGAAAAUUCAGAAGAUUCUUAUGUGACUUAUGAUACUAAUCGUGUAUUAACAGCUGCAUCAGGUGCAAGGGUUAUUAUACAUGAAAAGGGAACUUUACCUGAUCCUGACAAUGAAGGAUUUGAUGUCGAGCCAGGACAUCUGAUCAAUGUGGCUCUCUCUGCAAACAAGCGGCAACUUAUGAGUCCACCAUGGGGUGAAUGUGCUGAACAUAAUACACUUCACUCAACUGACUACAAAUAUACUCGAGAUACAUGUAAAAUCAAAUGCAUGGAGAAGGUGAUCGAACAACAAUGUGGAUGUAGACAAGAUUUGCUCCCAGUUGAGAUUAACGAAACAACAAAUGCUGGUGUACAAGCCUGUGGUAAAUUUAACAGAGAGGAGUGGCUAAAGGCAUCAGAGGCCAAUAGUACUGUUCUGAAGGAGGAUAUUGCAAGAGUUAGAUGCGCAAAGGAGGACUUUUCAUGGACAACACUUUCUGAAGGUAUCCCUGACUGUGAAUGUGAAUAUAACUGUACAUACGUUAACUACCAGAUUGAGACGUCUCAGUCAGUUUGGCCAAUGAGAGGCUCUGAAUUAGACUUCUAUUGUCAAUUGAGUUAUACUCAAAACGCUUCUGAAUCAGCUUUCUUAAAAUGGUUUUAUAACAGUAUCGGUAUCUAUUGCUCUAACAUUAUGGAGUAUGUGAAUGUUUCACAGAAAUAUGGCAAUGAAGUGAGAGCUAAUGUUCUCCGUGUCAAUGUGUAUUUCAAAAAUCUUGAGAUGAAGUACACAAUCCAAGAAGAAGGGUUCCCAUUGGUUUCAAUGAUAUCAGAAAUCGGGGGAGUUCUUGGCAUAUUCAUUGGCGUUUCAAUUAUCACAAUACUUGAGCUUUUUGUCUUUUGCAGUGGCAUUAUUUAUGCAUUAAUAGGUAGCAAAAAGGUCUCCAGUGAGAUAGAUGUGAAAGAAAUUACGUCAACAUCAAAAAACAAUUUUGAGGAAUUGUCACAUCACAAAAGGUCAAAUUAGGUCACCAUUAAGUGUGAAUUGGCUUACAUAUGUUGGGUUUUAUUUCGAAGUCGUGUCUUCAAAUAAAACUGGUUCAAUUUUUCAUGAAUUAAUAUUGAUUUUGUCACUGUUUCCAAAUCAACCACUUCAUCUUUGCUAGAUAUCCAAUCUUGAGAGAUGUUCACUGAUCUUUUUGUUGACUUUUUUAUCACACCAUCGGUGGGAUAUAGUCGUCAUGCUGGUCGUGAUCGUGGUCGUGAUCGUGGUCGUGGUCGUGAUCGUGAUCAUGAUCAUCCCGCUUUUUGUCAUCGCCGUUUAAGGAAAACUGCUCAUCAGAUUUUCUCCAAAUUCGCAGAGAUGAUAGAGCAUAUGAAGUACUAGAGCUGAUUAACUUUUGGGUGGCCAUCUUGUUUUCUGGCGGCCAUUUUGAAGGUUUUUCGAAAAAUCUUGUCAUCGCCAUUUCAGGAAAACCUCUCAUUGGAUUUCCUUCAAAUUUACACAAAUGAUAGAGGAUAUCAAGUACUAGAGCUGAUUAACUUUUGGGCGGCCAUCUUGUUUUCUGGCAGCCAUUUUGAAGAUUUUUCGAAAAAUCUUGUCAUCGCC